AUGACAAUUGUGGAGCUUGAGGGCGAGGAAUCUGCUGUGAAUGCGGAUCGAGAUGCUGCGCUGAGAGAGUUGUUUGGCCUGGAUGUCUCGGCUGACGCCUUACUGCAGCAGGAACUCCGCGCGUUGCAAGCACGGGCACCAUCUCGUGUCGUGUCUCCUUCGCCGAUGGCCGCCGGAAGCACAGGCGAUAUGCCGGCCUUGUUUUGUCCCGUGCCUGGUUGUGCCCGAGCUCAUGGCAAUGGCCCCGCUUGGGUAUCCAUUGAAGAUUUACCAUCGCUACAUGAUAUUUUCACUUCGCCAAUCUACACUAAGGAGCAUCUGCCGGCCGAACUAUGGCCUUUGCUGCGCGAAGAAUACGGUAAAUUGUUGGCUCGGGUCAAUUGCUUUGCCGAGAUGACUGCUUGGGACCCUCUCCCUACGUACGCAUUUGGGUGGGGCGGCCAAUGGGUCGGACAACGACGCGAAGAAGCAGACCCGUCGUGCUUGGUUGGAGUUGCUUAUGUUUCCGAAGACAGUCUUGCGACAGAAUCGCCGUGGUCAGCGACGGGGUCAAGCCCUCUCCUUCACCAAAUCGCUUUUGUUACGAUGGCGGUUGGGCGAACGUCGCAGUUUGUGGGAUGA